UUGCAAUUAUUACGUAAUGGAAUUGAAAUGCCAAUCAUGUUCGGAUAUAAUAGCCAGGAAGGCAAUUUUUUCAUAAAUGCCCUUGUGGUCGGCCUGGUAAACAACGAGACUUUAAAGGAAAUUGAUUAUGAUUUCAAGAAAGCCAUAUAUCCUAGAGUUUUGCGUCAAUUACCACAACUUGGGAUCACGCAUAUCUAUAGAGGCAUUAUACAAGCAAUUGAUACUCAAAUGAAUUCUAAUGUUAACGAGUCGACUUACUUGUACAAAUUUUCGUACAAAAGUGAAACCUCUCCUGUGAAGAAAAUAUUUUUCAAAACCGCUUUCAGGUAUUGCGUUGUUAAUUAA